UUGUUUCUUCCUCCUGUGUGACGUCUUCGAGGUGUUCUCAAUCGCGGAACAAAUGUUGGCCAAACACGUGUUUCUCUGGGACAAUAGUGAGUGGUGCACACUUCCUUCGCCCAGCCGCAGACCAACAAAAAAGUCCCAUUUAAGAGUUGCUGGUGUAACAAUAGGAAGAAUAUAUUCCACUCCUCUCUUCUACAAGCGGCUUAUGAGAAGGAAGAACAAGGAGAGGAUAUUGCGCGUAAAAGUAAAGCCAUCUAGUCACAGCUCUGCAGUCUUGGUCACCGUUGACGUGAGGUGGGACUAUUUUGGAGGUGCACGUCAAGGUUGGCUGAUGAACGCUUGUCAAGAAGAACGUCCCCUUCAGCAGCAGGAGGAUCCACAGCCCCCCCACAUUAAUGAGGAAGAGGAGGAUCUCUGGGUUACUCAGGAGGAAGAGUUUCUUCCAGGGCAGGAGGAGGCGGAUCCCAACAAGUUUCCACUGACUGUUGUCUCUGUGAAGACUGAAGAGCAUGAAGACAAACCACCUGAGUCCUCACAGCUUCAUCACAGUCCAAACGUCUGUGAAAAAUAUCAUCCACCUGAGCAGAAGGAGGGGUCUUCCAGUAUGGAGCAGAAGAGGUCACAGCACCUCCAAGUAAAAGAAGAGGAGCCACAGGCCCCUCACUUUAAAGAUGAAGAAAAACAGCGGCUGUUCCCCCACUUUAUAGAGGAUGACAAGAGACACCCCAUCAGUGUGAAGAGUGAAGAUGAGGUCAACGGUGAGGGUGAGGAGAAGAGAGCGGCGGAACUUCCAGGCAGCAGCUCAACACAACACAUGACAACAGAAGCUGAUGGAGACCACUGUGGAGGAUCACAAGCAGACAAGCUCUUAGCUCCACUAUCAGAUAGUGAGGACACAACGUCACACUCUCCUGACACUGAUGAUGAAGACUCUAAAGAUGAUAAGACAUGUCACAUUGACAACACUCACUUCACAUGUUCUCUCUGUGACAAAACCUUUAAAAACCAUUGGCAUCUAAAAAGACACAUGAGAACACACACUGGAGAAAAACCUUUUUCAUGUUCAAUCUGCGGUAAAGAUUUUACUCAAAGGCAAUAUUUCAAUAGACACAUGAGAAUACAUACUGGAGAAAAAACUUGUUCCUGCUCAGAAUGUGGUAAAAGUUAUGUAAUACAACAAAGUUUAAAAGAACACAUGAGAAUACACGCUGGACAAAAACCCUUUUCCUGCUCAGAAUGUGGUAAAAGUUUUGCAAUAAAUCAAAGUUUAAAAGUACACAUGAGAACACACACUGGUGAAAAACCUUUUUCAUGUUCAAUCUGCGGUAGAGAUUUUACUCAAAGGCCCCAUUUCAAAUCACACAUGAUAACGCACUCUAGUGAAAAACCAUACUCCUGUUCAAGCUGCCACAAAAGCUUCCGUCACCCAAAAUCUGUUACAGUACACAUGAGAACACACACAGGGGAGAAAGUGUUAAGUUGCAGUGUGUGUGGUGAAAGAUUCUCUUAUAAGUACCAGUGUAAGAAACACAAGUGUGCUGGUGAGAACAGCAGCAGCACAUAAAGAUGCAGGAUUUGAAAUAAACGGUCAAAACUUGACUUUCUACCAACAUCAGCACAUAUAACAUGUGUGACCUCACUGUUGUGUGUGUGUGUAGCACAAUCUUGUUAUUAUGAUUCUAACAUUUAUAGAUUAGACACUUCAGAUUAGUGCUUUUAUUUCAGUCAAAUACAUGAGUUAAUAUACACAUUUGCGUAAUUUAAAAUGAACACAACAAUUUGACUGAAAAGGUGAGAAUAAACAGUACAUAAAGUAUGUUACAAUAAACAUGUUAUGUGUAGAUAUUCAUAAUUCACUUAUAUACUUAUUCAUAAUAGUGUUUUAUAUAUGGUUUUUGAAUGAUUGUUACAUAUUUUAUUUUGUAAUUGUAGAUGAUUCCAUUGAACUCCUUUAUAUGAUGUACAUAUUUGUUUUACAUGUGUUCAUAACGUUGCUUUUGAGUACACAUGAGUCCCUCUUAAUUCAUAUUUUCUGGUUCACAUCUGAAACAUUUUCUGGACCACUUUUGGAAGCAUAUUAUUAUUUACUUUAUACAUCAUAUGAACAGUUGUGUUUUAUACAAUUUUAAAAUGUGUGACUAUGAAUAAUUUGUUGGAUCUCUAAAAUCCAUUCUAUUAAUUGUCUUUAUUACUUUCUUGUGUUGUAUGAAUAUUGUUGUGAUGUAUGUCCCCAGACCUUUAUGCAAUAAACAAUGUAUGCUUCAACUAAAGUUGGGUACAAUAAAUGUUGUUAAUAUUU